AUGCUUGUAGCCGCUAAAUCGGGACGACUUGACGUAAUAAAGAUACUCAUUGAAUCCGGUGUUGAAAUUAGACAAGAGAACAUCGUCGAGUAUAUUUAUCAAGAGGAAAUGAUGACAGAGGAUCGGAUUUACAUGCACAUAGAAGCAGAGGUUGAUGCAUUUUCCCUUGCUUGCGAAGCCGACGAGGAGGUGGCACAAUUCAUGAUUCUAAAUGGGCUAGAUCUAAGAUAUAGAGAUCUCUGGUGGCCUGUCGAAUUUGGACGUAUGCAGGUUCUCGAGAUCCUUUUGCAAUAUCCGCUUUUCAAAACCAAGGAGGGCCAAGAUAUCAUCGAGGUAGUGCUUGAUUGUAUUGUUUAUAAACGCGAUAUCUAUCCUAUCAGGGAUUUUAGCGUUUUAAAAUCCCUUCUUGAUGCUAUGACCGAUCCAUCGUUCAAUAAGAUAGAGUGGCUUGAAAGAGCAACUGCUAAAGUCUUGGGAGGUAAAAGGAGUAGUUAUAAAGAUGCGCUGGGCAUGUAUCUAUUUGACCUCUUUAAAAACUCGGGAACCAAGUCGAUUUGUAACCCACAAAUUGCUCGACAGGCUGCUGGCAGUGACAACUUCCUGGAAAUCACAAAAACUAUACUGUUGGAAGCCGAGCACUCUAAAAAGAGUAAAAACGGCAAGACAUUACCCUGGAUUCAUGAGAUGAUGAAACAGGCCUCAAGGCGCAUUUGUCCUCGUACCGUAAUGUAUCUCCUCAGCUCUGGGUAUAAGUUUUCUAAAAUCUGUCUCCAUCAAGCUGUCAUAGGUCCUUUAUCAGAUUCAUAUAAGGGCCUUUGCGAAAGCAUGGUAUACACCAAUCAACUUGAGUUGAUUGACAUGCUUGUCAACUCUGGUAUUUCGGUUAACUCGUUCUAUCACUUCCCUCGGAGAGACGAGGAGACCCUGUUAGAGUAUGCACUAAAGUAUUCGCCGCUGGUAAUGACUAGAGACGGCAGACAAGGGCUAGACUGUCGCGUGGCACUUAGACUAAUGCACUACGGCGCCGACCCUACAAAAGUCGGAGAAGACACAAUAGAAAAUUGGCUUAAUAGGGUUUAUCAGGAUAAAUACCUAACGGAUUAUUUCCUCCACGAGAUACCCCAUAAAAAUGAUCUCGCGAGCCUGGGACGUGAUAUAUUUUCUCACAAAGUCUCAAGCGUAGAUUCUCCUCUAUAUAUCGACCAGAUCUAUGCCAUGGCGGUGAUGAUGAAAGGUAAGGACUUUCUCGAAAGUUGUUUAAAAGAGGUAGGAGUUGGCUGGGAUCAUCGAUACCGUAAUUCCGAGUGGCUGAAAAGACCCAAUGGGUUCCGGGGUUCUCCCAUGGAUCGUAGACGGCUUUCACUUGACGCGCAGCUUGGGGAAGGGAUAUGGGUGCCAAGGAAAAACAUUUGCAUUUUGUAA